GCCAGUUCCUGGUGGUUGCUGGCCAGCUCAGACAGCUCCCCGACCCACCACCAUGGUGCUCCCUCUGCCCUGGCUCUCUCGAUGCUGUUGCCGUGGCCUUCUACCCUCCUGGAGCCUGGUCCCCCAAGCCUCCCGAUGCUGCUCUAGGAGCCCCAAAGGGCAGCCCAGCUCCUUGGACAGUGGACCGAGGUCACCGCCCAGGGGUCCUGGGUCCCGCCGCACAGCCGAGCUGGCCCAGGCCGAGGAGCUGCUGGAGGAGCAGCUGGAGCUGUACCAGGCCAUGCUGGAGGGCCAAGAGGGGGCCUGGGAGGCGCAGGCCCUGGUACUCAAGAUCCAGAAGUUAAAGGAACAGAUGAGGAGACACCGAGAGAGCCUGGGGGGUGAUCACGCCUGAACUCCACACGUCUCCUCACCCCUCCCCACCGCCAGUUCUCCAGCAUUGAAAAUCUGGAUACACUACCCACCCUCAGCCCUCCCCCAUCAGUACUAUCCCUGACCACCAAGAAGAUGGAAGCGAGCCUUCCACGGCCGGCCCGAAAUUGGCCGCAGCGGGGCACGAGGCCCUCUGCAGUGUGCUGCGGCCCUAACAGGCUCUUCUACUGACUGCUGAGCCCCGCCCUAAAAGGACCCCACCCCAAAUCCAAUAAAGGGAUGGAGUGCUAACAGA